GUAUCUUAUGUUAAGUGGAAUAGGGAUACAGCAAUAGAAAUACGUGUUUUUAAUAAAUAAAUAGAUACAUACAUAACCGCUAAUUACUCCGCAAGAUCGAAUCCUUUGUAAUUUGUAAACUAGAGUACUCAUUUCAGGUGUCUACAUACAAUUUUAACUUUGUUAUUAAUUAAAAGUAAUCUCAUGACCAAAGUGUUUUCGAGCGAGUCAGGGCAAAAUCAGCGCGGCCGUUGUGACUCCAAGAAAAUGACUCUUCGCCAUCCUUCGAAAAAAGGAUCGUUAGGUAAUCACUCUAAUAGGCGAAAGCACAUCUCCUUUGACCCUCGAGGCAACCGAGUGCGCUUUGUUCCCACCCCCCCUAAAUCAGAAUACAAGAAUUACUGGUUCUCCGAAUCACAGCACGUUGUUCGUAAGGGCAUUCAGAUUGAGGUUGAACAAGAUAUUGCCAUAGCAUUAAACGUAGAAUGUCGUCUACAGUUGACAUCGUUGACUCAAGCAUCAACACCGUCAAAUGGACCACAUUCCAAUUCACGGGUUUUUUUGGAGGUAAAGGAGUUAAGCCUGUCCUCCUUAGGGGAAGUGGACGAGGAGAGUUGGUAUUGCGUCGGUUCCGUUUGUCCAGGAAGCGUUGAGAAGAUAUGUGUAGUCUUGCCAGCAGGUCUCUAUCAUAUGCGUUCUGUUGGGAAGAAUCCCAUUCAUGUCUUUGCCCAAAUGUGGGAAGUAGAGCGAGAACUGCAGUAACCAAUCCUUUUGCCUAAAAUACAAGUGCAAGGGUCUUGGGGCAGUGUAAUUCAGAAAUAAAUGAAGGCUUGCGCUCAACCUUUGAAAUAAAGAAUAAAAAAACUCCUAGAGUUUGUACUCAUUUAACAGUACUAACCAAACAAGAAGGGUGCCAUCCUUCAAAUAACAA